GACUGUAGCUUUGACCAUAUUCUGUUUUAUUGUUUAUUGUUUUUCGUCUUGACUUAAUUUCACUCUGUCAUUUACACUUCAACAAAACAAAACACAAUGUUGCCGGGCCAGAUUACACACCCAGUGUGUGUUUGGAGCUCACGGCUGACUGAAACUCAACAGCCGAAUACACAAGGGACCUAAAGAAACGAACGGCUCCGUAGAAUUCUUCCACGUCGCGUGUUGUUUGCUCGGGUCAGAACAACAAACUAUUUGAAUAAAGUCCGGGCUUCAGUUAGUUAGUUGAAGGUUCCUCUUGAAGAGUGUUGGCGUAACCAACGAAAACCGCAGCGCACCACGAGUAAGAAACACGGAAAUAGCGCGAGGGGGGGCUGGACCUGAGGAGCGACGCAGACGCGGCGGAGUCCGGUCUGCGCCCUGGGGAACGGCCACGCAUCCACCGCGGGCGGUCAUCUGCUUCCAUCGGCCUCGUGCGGGAGUCGUCCCGCAGGACGUUUUCACAGCCUCCGCACCGGCGGCGCGCGCGCGCGGACCCUCUCGCCUCGUCUUCGCCGGAUAAGAUGGUAAUAACGCACGCGACGCCCCCUGCGUUGGCUCCGGAGUGCUGACAAGUCGCCUUCUGGGCUCGGAUGUGCGGCGGAUCGCGCACACGGCGUCCCCCCGAGAAAGCGAGCCGAGCUGCGGCAGGAAUACAGAUUACACCCGUGAACGAAGAGGACUCCGAGCAGAACAAUGGCUGAGGCUGCCGAUGUGGAGCGUUGAGACCCGGCAAGGCUCGGUUUGGUCGCCCCGUCCCGGUCCCGUCCCACCUCCGGCCCGGAUUCAGUGAUUUCAGUCGUACCUGUGUGAUCUGCGGCUACGUGAAAGGAUGACGGUCACGCUGGACUUUGAGGAGUGUUUGAAAGACUCCCCACGCUUCAGGGCCGACAUCGAGGUCGUGCAAAGCGACGUGAGUGAACUGGAGACGCGGCUGGACAAGCUGGUGAAGCAAUGCCAGGCCAUGCUGGACGCCGGCAGAGCCUACUGCCAGACCAGCAGGAGCUUCGUCAACGGCCUCCGGGAGCUGGGCCACCAGUGCUCCGGGGACAAGAUGAUGGAGGAGUGCAUGGGCAAGUUUUCCAAAAAGCUGUCUGUCAUCUUAGACGCGCAGGAGGAGGUGAUCGAGAUCACGCAGAAGUCGGUGAAGAUGAAGCUGCAGAACUUUGUGAAAGAAGACGUUCGCCGGUUCAAAGACGUGCGCAAGGAGUUCGAGCGCGGCAGCGAAGCCCUGGAGGGGGCGCUGGCGAGGAACGCCCAGGCGCCGCGGGGCAAGCAGCACGAGGUGGACGAGGCCACCAACGCCCUGCUCAACGCACGCAGGACCUUCCGCUCCGAGGCGCUGGACUACGUGCUGGAGAUUAAUGUCAUCGAAGCCAAGAAGAAGACCGACAUCCUGCUGGCCAUGCUGUCGCUGAUGGACGCUCAGGCGCAGCUCUUCUGCCACGGGAACCAGUCUCUGUCGGAGCUGGACGAGUAUCGACGGAAGCUCAGUGAAGAGCACAAACAGUUUGUCCUGAAUGCAGCCAGAGAGAAGAGGGACAUGGAGCAAAGAUACGCUGCUAUCAAGAAAAAGGACGUGUCCUAUGACGACUCCAUGAUGGACUUCAACGCCGACGCGGCUAACGGCAUCGCCAUGGAGGGCUACCUGUACAAGAGAGCCAGCAAUGCGUUCAGAACCUGGAGCAGACGCUGGUUCUCAAUUCAGAAGAACCAACUGGUGUAUCAGAAGAAGUUCAAGGACCAGCCCACGGUGGUGGUGGAGGACCUGCGUCUCUGCACAGUCAAGACCAGCAGCGAGAACGAGAGGCGCUUCUGCUUUGAAGUGGUCUCGCCGUCCAAGUGCUGCUUGUUGCAGGCGGACUCUGAGCGGCAGCAGCAGGCCUGGAUCCUCGCCGUCCAGAACAGCAUCGCGUCGGCCUUCCAGGAGCGGCGGGAGGACCCGCACAGCCCGAGGCAGCGCUGCAGCUCGGUGUCGGCCAGCAGCUUGGGGGGCGGCGGAGGGGGAGGCGCCGACCAGGAGAGCGAAGGCUGCAAGGCGCUGGAGGAGAUCCAGGCCAUAGCGGGGAACCGGCAGUGCUGCGACUGCGGAGAACCCGGACCCGACUGGGCCUCCAUCAACCUGGGCAUCACGCUCUGCAUCGUGUGCUCAGGAAUACACAGGAGCCUUGGAGUCCACUUUUCUAAAGUCCGCUCCCUCACGCUGGACUCCUGGGAGCCAGAGCUCAUUAAGUUGAUGUGUGAAUUAGGAAACUCAGUAAUAAACAGGAUCUACGAGGCCCGAAUAGAUGAGAUCACCAUCAAGAAACCACUUCCCUCCAGCCCCAGAGGAGACAAAGAGUCCUGGAUCAGGUCAAAGUACGUGGAGAAGAAGUUCAUCCAAAAGCUUCCCGAGAUCGGCAGGAACCCGCCGUUGAGGCGGUCCAGCGCCAGGAGGAACCGGGCAACCGUGCAGGACCGGAAUGUGCAGCGGCCGCCAAUCAAGCCCAAGCCCAACCGGGCCACGCUGGCCCGGGGCACCGGGCUGAGUUCCGGUGACCUUGUCCAAAAGAACAAUACAGGCUCUCACAAAGAUGAGGAGGAGGAGGAGGAGGAGGACCUGAGCGGCCUUCAUCCCGGCGCCUUGCUGUACCGCUCGGCGGCGCUGCAGAACUUCCCCGUCAUGGCCGACGCUUUGGCGCACGGCGCCGACGUCAACUGGGUCAACAUGGCCGAGGAGGCGAGCACGCCGUUGAUACAGGCCGUCUCCGCGAACGCGCUGGCAGCCUGCGAGUUCCUGCUGCAGAACGGCGCCAACGUCAACCAGGCAGACAGCAACGGGAGGGGCCCGCUGCACCACGCCACCAUCCUGGGCCACACCGGGUUGGUUUGUCUCUUCCUGAAGCGGGGAGCCGACUAUAAUGCCAAAGACAAGAACGGCAAAGACCCCAUCACCAUCGCCGUGGACAACGCCAACGCCGACAUCGUCACGUUGCUGCGGAUUGCCAAAAUGAACAAAGAGAUGCGAGAGAUGGAUGGAGCGUUUGGCCAAUCAGGUGAUGAAACCUACCAAGACAUCUUCCGAGACUUUUCCCACAUGGCUUCAAACAACCCAGAGAAGCUGAAACGUCGGAGCGCGGACCCCAGAUAUUAACCAGCUCCUUCCUCCACCAUCACAUGUUUCACACUCCUGCACAACACACAUGCAAACGCAUUUUAAAAGCAUGCCAGUAUUCAGCCAUGUACACGUACACACACACACACACAUACACACACACACACACACACGUACACACACCUAUACACGUACUCAUGUACACAGACACCUACAAACAUGCACACAUGUACAUAUACACACAAACCUACACACACACACACACACACACACACGUGCAUACACACAUGUACACAUAUACACACAUACUCAGGUACACAGGCACCUACACAUAUAUACACACACACACACACACACGCACGUUUUCCCUGCCUAUGUGCUACGUUGGGUCAUAGCUCAGCUGGUGUUGACUUCAGAGGGGUGUUGUGUGUGUCUUCGCUCCAAACAGUGAAUUCUUUGUGUGAACGUGUCAGAGCACAGCGAUUGUGUUCAUUGAAGACGUGGGGAAGGUUUUAUUAGAGCAGCAUGAGGUGUCUCCAUGUCUGGCAGAGGGCACCGCCGUCACUCCCACACUUCCCUGAUUACAUCCAGUAAAUCUGCUGUUCUCUCCUCGACGCCUCUUUGUGUUCCUCUGCCAUUUCUUUUGACUUGUGUUGAAGUAUUCCAUGUAAAUGGAUGUAAUUGUUACAAACGUUUUAUGUGAACGGUCAGUUUUAGUGUGUGUUGAUUGUUACAUUUGGACCAACUUUACAUGCUCUUUGUGUCUGUUUCAGUAAACUGUGUCUGGUACUUGGAAAUAAAUUUCAUUUUAAAUGCG